GAGACGAUGAUAAUACUAUGAUCGGGAGAAAAAAUAAUACACUUUUUGCAUGUACGACCGCAACUACUCAGUUAUUAUUGUGUGUGUAACACAAUACGCUCUGCAGUGGAUACGUAUAGUAUAACAAUAUAAUUGCAAAAGGUAUAUUUAGAAAGAAUUUGUCCCAAAUUACAUAUUUGGUGAAGUGCUCGCACAUCAAUUUUUUUCGAAUACUUUGUAUAAGUAGUACAUAGGAUUUAGGUAUACCGCGGGCAGUGAAAUGAAGUGCACACGAAUACUAUCACUGUCGUCCUCGAUGGGGUUGGCUGUGAUCGCGAUAACGGCCCUACUCCCGUACGAUACCACAGCCGCGUUGAUAGACCUGUGUCACGGUUAUCGGUAUGGUGUGACAACGUGCUGGGUCCCGACACAACGAUUCGAGGUUUUCGACGUGCACAAGGGAUCGGGACCGAACGGAGCUUACACCACGGAGAGCUUCUCGACGCCCGAACACUGCGGCACUCAUCUGGACUCGCCAUUUCACUUUAAUCCAGUCGGAUGGAAACUGGAAGACAUCCCGCUGGACCGAAUGGUGGUCGAAGGCGUACACGUGAACGUAAGUAGCGAAGUCAACGGAAACGGUGACUUUUUACUGACUGUCGGUCAUUUGAAAGCUUGGGAACAGGCCAACGGCCCGAUGCCCAAUCGAUCCGUGAUAUUGGUGAACUUCGGUUGGGCUCACAAAUUCGGUGAUCGUCAGUCGUACUUCAACGGACUACGCGAACCAUAUAGGUUUCCCGGACUGUCCAGAGACGCGGCCCAAUGGAUUGUCGACUCCGGCAAAGUGUACGGCGUCGGGGUGGAUGGUCCGAGCGUGGACCCCGGAAGGUCGACGACGUACGACGUGCACGGGGUGCUAUCCAAAGCCAAUCUGUACAACCUAGAAAAUGUGGCAUUGAACGGCACGACGCUGCCGCCGAGAGGGUUCAAGCUGGUCGUCCAACCGGUCAAGAUCGUCGGCGGCACCGGCGGCCCGGUCAGGAUAUUGGCUUUCACGAACGACCCGUUCAAAUUAUUAUGAUCGCAACCAUGCAACGGCGCGAUAGAAAUUUUUGAUUUUUUUCCCUCGCCGUUCCGUCCGCGACAACUGCACGACUGCACAACUAUAAUGUAGAGGCAAACUGCAAGGCUGACGGGAUAACCGGUGGGCCACUCCUCAAAAAUAUAACUUGUUAUUACUAUAUACCUAAAUAUAAUAAAAUCGAUAUAAAUA